AUGUAUUCAAAUAAAGUUAAUGAAAAAAAGAUUAAUAUUUCAGUUAAUAACUUAGUGAAAGAUGAGAAAAAAGUAUCAGAAAUAAUCUUACAAAUUGAAGAAGAUAACUAUCCUGUUCAAGUUUUUAAUGAUUCCGAAAUUGCAGACUUAACUUUUGCUGUUAAAACAACACAUCAAUAUAAUAACCAAUUUGUUGGAUUCGGAUCUCAAUCUAAACCUAAAACUAUAACAUCAGUUGCUAUUAAUUUGAUUGAAAAAUCUUCAUCCUGGAAUAAUUUACUUAAAUUGGCGCUUUUUAAUGAAGAAAGGAGUGAUUUUAAAUUCAUUGUUGGAGAUGAAAGGAUACCAGUAAGCAAAUUUUUACUGUCUGUUCGCAGUCCAGUUUUUGACCGAAUGUUUAAUUCAAAUUACAAAGAAAGUACUUCAAAUGAACAUGAACUAGGUUUUGGUAUAAGUAGUGAAGCUUUUAAAGAACUGAUUAGAUAUGUUUAUAUCGAACAGAUUCUAGAUUUUGACACUCAUGUUUUUGAACUAUUAAAAGCGUCAGAUUACUUCCAAAUUAACGAGCUUAAGAAAUGCUGUGAAGCGAAACUGUAUGACAUAAUUACAGAAGAAAAUGCAUACAAAAUUUUACAAUCUUCUAGUCUGUAUCAUGGAGGUGAAGAGUUGAAAAAACAUGCAUUUUCAUUUUUAAAAAGACGAUUCAGUAAAUUUAAUUUGCCUCUGCCUGAUACAUUUAUUGAUAAUAUCAAAGAAUUGGAUAAAGCUAUUAAACUCUUUGAUGAACUAAUGCAAACCUUAAGUCAAACUUCAACAAUUGAUGAUUCCAAAUAA